AUGGUAUUGCAAGGGGACAGUGACAUAAAUCUUAAGGGGCUUAGAAGUAAGAAGAAAAAGAUGGUUGACAAUAGUAAUCGGAGGCCAUGGUCGGAGCUCCCUUACGCUUUGCUUUACAUGAUCACCAAGUUGCUAGGUACUAUAGACUAUCUCAUGUUUGGCUGUGUCUGCAGAGCAUGGAGGUUGUAUGCUGUGGCAAACAGGCAAGAGUUUAUGGCAUCCCAACCUCCACUUGUUAUGUUUAUGCCAAAUCGUUCUAAGAGAGCUUGUUACUUCUAUAACAUCUUUGAUGGAAGGAAGUAUAAGGCAAAACUCCCCAACCUUGUUGGCAAAAUCUGUUAUAGGAUCUCAUAUGGGUACUUGGUAGUAGAAGACCAGAUAGAUGCGGUAAAUUCUCAAAUUUGGCUUAUAAAUCCUUUUACAAGACAUGAACUCCGUGUCCUUAGCCCUCCCCUAGAGCAUAAUCGUGUCAUCCUUGCUUCUUUAGAGACACCUUUGUCAAAGUUUGUAAUCAUAGCCUUUCGCAGAUAUGACUCAUAUCUACAGUUUUGUAGAUCCACAUAUGCCGAUUGGUCUCAUUGUGAUUGCAAUGAUCACUGGAUAUUUGUUGAUUUAACCGUGUACAAGCGAAAAUUGUAUGCAAUAACAACUGGUGCUGGAAUAGGAGUGGUAAAUCUAAACUCUUGUCCUUAUGUGACCCCAUUGGAAGUAAAAUCCAUUCCAAAUUUGAAAGGUGGACUCUGGUUACGGGGUACUGAUGAGCAGCUCCUGUUGAUUAAUGCAAUUGGAAAUAAUCAUGAAGUUUAUGAGCUAAAUUUUUUGAAGAUGGAAUGGGUGAAAAUGCAAAACUUGGGAGAUCAAGCAUUGUUUCUGGAUUAUUAUGAGGGCGGCUUAGGAUUUAGCAACAAAACCAGAUGGAAAGAUAGUGAAAGACCUUCUAAUGGCAGAUACUAUUUUGAUCCUGAUAACACAGACAUUUGGUUCCACUUCAUGGAUGGUAGGCGCCACCAGUCUUUCCCUUUCAUGGGAAGAAAAUGUAUGCCAAAUACUUUACGAUUUAAACCAUCUUGGUAUUUUCCACACGAGUCUUGCAAUGUGGAUCUUUCUCUCAAGAGUCAAGACUAG